CCUUAGUCUUUGCUCUCCUACAUCCUCUCUUCUCUUAUUUAACCCCAGUGUUCUUCUUCUGUGUUUUUUCUUCUCCAUCUUGCUGUGUAGUGAACACACCGUUCUCCUCUGCUAUGUGGUGGUGGCUGCUUGGCGUUUCGAGCUGUGUGCUGCUGCUGGUGGUCGUCGCCUUCUUCCUGAUCAUCGGGCAGCGCUACAAGGUGUUCAGCGAGAUGAGCCUGAGGCCUCCAGGACCCUUGGUCACUGACAGCAGGCAGAGAGACGACAGGCUGAAGAGAGGGUUUCGUGUGGACCGAGUCCCGGCUGCUCUGGAUGCGGUGGUGAUUGGCAGCGGUGUGGGAGGUUUGACAGCAGCAGCGCUUUUGUCUAAAGCCGGAAAGAGGGUCCUCGUUCUGGAGCAACAUGAUCAGGCUGGAGGCUGCACACACACCUUUCAGAAUAAGGGAUUUGAGUUUGAUGUGGGUAUCCACUACCUGGGCCAACUCCAUGAGAGCAGCCUGCUGAGGGUGGCUCUGGAUCAGAUCACAGAGGGACAGUUGCAGUUCACAAAGCUGGAGCAACACUUUGACACCCUGAUCCUGGGUCAGCAUGACCAGCGCAGGGAGUACCAUAUCCAUUCAGGGAAGACUGAGAUGGCAGAUAGCCUGAAGAAGCAGUUCCCAGGAGAGGAGGAGGCCAUUGAUGAGUUCAUGAGAUUGAUGAAGCUUGCCUCACGGCGGACACCACUAAUCGCCACCUUGAAGAUCAUACCUUAUUGGCUUGCUAAAUUCCUGGUUCGAACCGGCCUGUUGGAUCGCAUAUCUUCAGUGUUCAGGCUAGCAACAACCAGCCAUUCAGAAAUGAUGUCCCGUCUCACACAGAACAAGGACCUGCAGGCCCUGUCUGCCUACCUGUUCUAUGGUGUCCCUCCUAAGGAGUCCAGCUUUCUGAUCAAUGCUCUCCUUCUUCAACACUACAAGCGUGGUGCGUACUACCCACGGGGGGGCGCCAGUGAGUUUGCCUUCCACAUCAUCAAUGUCAUCGAGCAGGCGGGCGGUGCUGUGCUCGUCAGGGCUCCGGUACAGCGCGUCCUGCUCAACCGGCAGAACAAAGCCUACGGUGUUACGGUGCUCAAAGGACAAGAGGAGAUUGAGGUCCAUGCACCUGUUGUAAUUUCUAACGCAGGGAUUUUCAACACAUUCCAGAAGUUUCUACCUCAGCCCAUACAGGAGAAACCAGAAAUCCAGUCACUGUUGGGUUUGGUGCGCCAUGGCAUGGGUUCCUUCUUGGUCUUUGUUGGUCUGGAUGGAACCAAAGAGGAGCUGGGUAUCGUUUCCACCAACUUCUGGAUGUAUAAAGACAAUGACUUGGACACACUUAUGGAGCAAUACUCUUCCCUGAGCAGAGAGCAGGUGUUGGGGAACAUUCCCAUGAUGUUCAUCACCUUCCCAUCAGCUAAAGAUCCUACAUCCAACAUCAGACACCCAGGUAAGUCCUGUAUGACGUUGCUAACCAUGGCUCGCUAUGAGUGGUUCGAGGAAUGGGAGGGGACAAAACUUGGCAAGCGGGGACAGGACUACCUGGAUAUGAAAAACAGCAUGGCCCAAGAGAUGCUAGACUGGGCACUCAAAAUCUUCCCCCAAUUACAAGACAAGGUGGUGAUGGUGGAUGCUGCAAGCCCUCUAACUAAUGUACACUAUCUGGGUGCUCCGAGAGGGGAAAUGUACGGUGCUGAACACAACUUGGAGCGCUUCAGCCCAGACACGGUUGCGAGAACACGACCGCAGACGCCGAUUGAUGGACUUUACCUGACAGGUCAGGACGUAUUCUGUAACGGCAUGGCUGGGGCUCUGCAUGGAGGACUGCUCUGCGCCUCGGCUGUCCUCAACCAGAUCCUCUACAUUGACCUACUAGCCCUGAAGACCCGCAUCAAAAACAAACAGAAGAAUCACAAAAAGAACUGGUAGUGACAGGUUCUCAAAUAGCAUCCCCUGCGCUUUUACACAUACUUUAGGCAACUAACAAACCCCUUAGCAUUACCAAUGGACUCUUUCUUUCUGUUGUACAUUUAGGAAUUUCAUUUUUGUAAUUUUCCUUAUUAUGCUGUAUCCUCAUGUCAGUACCAUUCUUUUAUUACCAGCAACCCAACACCCAUUUGUUCCACUCACGUGGCUGAUAUAUGGGUAUCGUGUGAGUUACGGAGCAUUUUAAACUGAUGCCAUAACUUGACAAAGUGCUUACAUUUUUUUUUUAACUUUGUACACUAUAUUGAAACCAUAGGCGAAAUAUGAACAUUACGUUUAUUUCUGUAAAAUGAUCAAAUCAAGUCAGUUGAUGCAUUAUAUGGGGUUUCUUAACCUCUUUUAAACAUGUGUGAAUGGGGAUAUACACAGUGAUAGAUGUGUAGACCUUACAAGUUAUGCAUAUUUGUCAUAAAAAGUAAUUAUUGUACAA